AUGAGGUUGAGCUGUGAGGAUGGAGGCCCGGCUUCAGGAGAGGAGGAUGGAGGCCCGGCCCCAGGAGAGGAGGAUGGAGGCCCGGCCCCAGGAGAGGGCCCAGCUGGGAGAAGCAGGAAAGGAGGGCCAGGUGCGGGGCAGCGGAGGCAGGUGCUGCAGAGCAUGGCCAGGCCUCUGAAGCUGUGGCUGUACCAGCACAGGGACAACCCCUACCCCACCAAGACAGAGAAGCUGCUGCUGGCUCUGGCUUCACACAUGACCCUGGUGCAGGUGUCUAACUGGUUCGCCAACGCGCGGCGGCGUCUGAAGAACACAGUGCGCCAGCCUGACCUCAGCUGGGCUCUAAGGAUCCAGCUGUACGAGCAGCUCACACAGGCCAGCUCAGAGAGACUCAGCGCAGAGAGACUCAGCGCAGAGAGACUCAAUGAUGAGUUCCCCUCAGCGACACCAACCAACCAAUCAGAGCUCAACAGGGUGACCAAUCAGGAGAGUAGUAACAGAGAGGCGGGGCUGAGGAUAGGCUCCGCCCACAGCGUUUCCCCACCUUCUAAGUACAAGAGCAGUCUCCUGCACCGCUACCUGAACGACUCGCUCCAGCACGCCCUGGCGCGCGCUGAUGAUGUAACGGGGUCCCCCCGCAGGGGGAGGAGCCAGUCGAUCAGCUCCAUAGAGGCAGACGAAGAGCUCGUCUCACCCUCCUCAUCCUCAGAGGCGGAGAACAGUGUAAUACAUCACGUGGGAUGA